AUGUUUACUACACUGUUAUUUUUGGUGGCUACAUCGCUUCUAUAUUAUUCGAGGUAUGAAUCAGCUAUCUUUGCUGCAAUCGGAUUUUCCAUAUACGGGUACAUUGUUACUGAUGUAUUGAUUCCUAAAGUAGGUCCUUCAUUUAUAAAAGCUGGUCUUUUUGGUAAAGAUAUGAGUAAGCCAGGUAAACCUGUAUUACCCGAGACUAUCGGAGCCAUUGCCACUUUAGUGUAUUUAAUGAUAAUGUUUAUUUGCAUCCCUUUUAUCUUUUUCAGAUAUAUGGUGAUUGAAACUCAAGGUGGUGGACAACGUAAUUCUUUUAUCGAAAUAAUAAAUCAUAAUAUCAAUAAUGAACAUUUAAGACAAUUCUUUCCUCAUAACAAAUUAAGUGAAUACUUGAGUAGUAUUUUAUGUCUAGAAAGUACUUUCAUUAUUGGAAUAUUCGAUGACUUAUUUGAUCUUAGAUGGAGACAUAAAUUCCCAUUACCAGCAGUUGCUGCCAUUCCCUUAUUAUUAGUGUAUUACGUUGACUUCGGUGUUACAUACGUAGUGGUUCCCAAUUUUGUUAGGGAUUGGCUAUUUAAUGGCAAGUCACUUAUAGAUCUAGGCAUAUUUUAUUAUAUUUAUAUGGCUGCAAUGACCAUAUUUUGUCCAAAUUCAAUUAACAUUUUAGCUGGAGUCAAUGGGCUAGAAGUUGGACAAAGUAUCAUACUUGCUGUUUUAUCCCUUGUUAAUGACACAUUAUAUCUCACCAUAGGAAUUGAUACUGCAAAGGAUUCUCAUAGAUUCUCAACUAUUCUAAUACUACCUUUCCUAGGCGUCUCCUUGGCUCUUUAUAAGUGGAAUAAAUGGCCUGCAAGAGUCUUUGUCGGUGACACAUAUUGUUAUUUUGCAGGUAUGGUUUUUGCAGUGGUUGGAAUCUUAGGUCAUUUCUCAAAGACAAUGUUAUUACUCUUCAUACCACAGAUAUUCAAUUUUAUAUAUUCAUGUCCCCAACUUUUCAAUAUUGUACCAUGUCCGAGACAUAGAUUACCAAAGUUUAAUGAAAAGGAUGGGCUACUAUAUCCCUCAAGAACAGACUUGAAAGAAAACCUCCCAAAAGAAUGGUUCAUACCAGUCUUGAAAAUAUUACAUAAAAUAAGACUAAUUGAUAUUGAAUAUGAUAAGACAAAGAAAAAUAAUAUUGUUUCAUGUUCAAAUAUGACUUUAAUUAAUUUAACUUUAGUAUGGUUUGGCCCUAUGAGAGAAGAUCAGUUGUGUGACACCAUAUUACUUGGACAGUUUAUUAUUGGCAUCCUAGCAUUAUUAAGCAGACAUGCUAUUGGCUCUUUAAUAUUUGGCCAUGACAAUUUAUGGACUAUUCGUUAA